AUGAUAAAUACAUCAAGUAAUAAUAAAAAUAGUGAUCUUACAUCAGCUCCCUCCACAUCCACCUCCACUCCUUCUCCUACUCCUCCAUCCAGUUCUACUUCCAGUUCUAUUACCAAUUCCACCUCUUCUAUUCUUUCUACUAAAAAAAAGACUACAAGACGAAAAUUUGCAUGUGUUGAAUGUAGACAACAGAAAUCUAAAUGUGAUGCAAUGGAAAAGGCUCCUGAUCCAUGUACAAAAUGUUUUAAAAAAAAGAUUCCCUGUGUGCUUAAACGUGAUUUUAAGAGAACUUAUAAAAGGAUAAGAAACGAAGUCAUUGAAAAAAGUUUUAAACAUUUAACUCAAUAUUUAUCCAAUACUCAAUUCAGUAGUAUCAAUAAUUGUAAUAAUAAUAGUGAUAAUAGCAAUAAUAUUACUAACAACAACAAUAAUAAUAUUAAUCAUAAUAAUACCAUUUAUGUCAAAUCUUUAUGGGAUAAUAAUAAUUUUACAAAAGAUAAAAUUAAAAAUAAAUCAGACUAUUGGAAAGAUUUUAUUAAUAAUUCAACAACAAUACAAAAACAAAUACGACAAGAAGAAAUCAAUCAUAAUCAUAAUAAUAAUAGUAAUAACAGUAAUAAUAAUAACAUAUCAUCUUCUCAAUUGAAUUUACCUCUGACUUUGACUGAAGAGGAUCUUAAAUGUACUCCUAAAUCCUUAGGUGACAUCUAUUUAACAAGUAAUGACAUAUCAACACUCUUUAACGAAUUUGCUCAACAUUAUCAUCCCUUUUUACCUAUAGUCAACCUGAAAAGAGGUCCAGAAAAUAUUUACAGUUUAUCCCCAUGUCUUUUUUGGGUCAUUAUGCUGACUGGGCUUAGACGGUGUGACUCAAUUCUAAAUAAGUAUAAAAAUAUUAAUAUUCUAAAACAACUGUCCCAUUUAGUUAAAUCUGUUCUAGCAGAGAUUACAAUAUCUCCAAUCAUCCGGUAUAUACCAAAUGAAAAUGAACAACCCCUACUAAACGUCGCAUCUGUGUACAGUGUUCAAGCAUUUUUGAUUUAUACUCUAUGGCCACCUUUGACCUCCUCUUUAAGUGCAGAUACUUCAUGGAACACUAUAGGCACAGCCAUGUUUCAAGCUUUACGUGUGGGUUUGAACUCCGCCGAUUUCUCAAAAGAAUAUGUGACUACCAAUUGGGAUUUAAUUAAUGAGCAAAGAAAGACUUGGAUCUGUUGUAACAUUGUCUCCCAAUUUAUUGCUUCUUCAAUGGGCUUCCCCCCUUACGUUUCCUUCGAUCAUUUUGUGUUAACACAUCAAAAUAAUAGUAAUAUCCCAGUUCUUUUGCAACAGAUGAUACAACUUUCAUACUUUGAAAAUCAAAUAAUCCAAACUAUGAAUUCUAAUCCUUUGACUCCAUCAGGAAUGAUUGAUUUACAUGAGCGAUUCUCUCUUUUAAAAGUAUUGAAUCAACAGUUAUCUCAACUUGAGUUUCAAUUAAAUCAACCCCAUCAAAAAAUGGAUGAUAUAAGAAAAUUUUUGCUUUAUGUCGCUAAAGUUCAUCUUUUAACCUAUUAUUUCACUGUUUCAACAAAGGAUCAUCCAGAUAAUGGUGACAUUUUUUCAUCUACUACCACAAUGAAUAUUAAAAAUAACAAUAUCUCAACUUUCCAAAUCAAGUCCGGGUUAGUUAAAGUCUAUAACUGUGCAAUUGAUUUAUUGUUUCAUACAAGAGAUAUGUUCCUCAAGGACCCAGACUCCAUAAAAUAUUUCCCUGGUUGUUUCAUUCUAAAUAUUUGGCAAAGUGCGUGUAUUGUCACCAAAUUGAUUCACUCCUCGAUUUCGGAUAUCAUCGAUUGUAAACGUGGGGAGGAGGCCUACGAUGUAGCAAUCAGAUUAACUUUGAAGGCAUCUAUUUUGAAAUAUGAUAUGGCUUAUCGAUCCUCAGGUAUAAUGAGAUCUAUUUGGAGUCUUUUCUCAAAUAUGUAUGAUGAAUGGCAGAAUGACAAAAAAAAUGCAGAUAAACAAAAUGAUAUUGAAUUUAAUCUGAAUAUUACUGUCAGUUCAAGGAUGUCUGUUAGUGUAUUUUUUGACUGUUUAUACAUUUUAAAAACAAAAUGUGGGAUGGCUAAACUGAAAAGAGAAAGUGGUAAGUUACAACACGAUGAAGAUGAAGAAGAAGAUGAUAACAUUGAGAAUAUUGGUGAUGAUUUGAUGAGUGUUUCGAAAAGUACCAUACAUAAGAACGUUAAGGAUUUAAAAGUUAAUGCAAGAAAAAUUAUUAAAAGUGUUCCAUUAGAUCCUAAUCCAAUUAAUGCAGAUAAUUCCAGUACAAUUUCUAUAGCACCUGAUAUAAAUAAUAAUACUACAGCAGUUAGCACUAUUGUCACUGCAGCCAAUAGUAAUGCUACUAAGAAUGAUAAUAAUGCAACAUCCAAUAUAAGAAGUGGUAGUAAUCCUGGUUCAAGUGUGAUUGAACGUCCUCCAUUAUCGAUAGACAGUUUAACUAAUGUUUAUUCAAAUGUUUCUUCUCCAGCAAUACAAGCACAAAAGAAUAAUGUACAACUGUUGGUCAAUAAACAGAAUGGCAACGAUAUUAGUAAUAUUGAAAAUGAUUCAAUGAAAAACACACAUAUAAUGGGCCUUAACACACCAAUAUCUCAAUCAACUAAUCAACAAAUGCACGAGAAUACAAGCAUAAACCCACAAAUACAAUUACCUACUCUGCCAUUUGACAGUGAGCCAAUUAAUUCUACAUCUAAUUUACAACAGUUUCCUCUUGAGAGACGUUGGCAAGAGAACAAUUUGUCAGAAGUGGUAUCUUUAGAAGAACCGAUAACCCAUAAUAUUAAUUUAAAUCAUGUUGUUACUUCAUUGUUUGAUAAUAAUAAUAAUAAUAAUAAUAAUAAUAAUAAUAAUAAUAAUAAUAAUAAUAAUAAUAAUAAUAAUAAUAAUAAUAAUAAUAAUAAUAAUAAUAAUAAUAAUAAUAGACAAAACAGUAACAGUAAUAAUACCAGUGUACAAACAGAUGUAUCACCAUACUCAACAAUUGCUAAUUUUGAUAAUUGGGAUUCUGAGAUGGUUUGGAAAGAUGUCGAUAUUUUAAUGAAUGAAUUUGCAUUUAAUCCUACAGUAUAA